AUGUUGUUUCUGUCAACGUAUGCUGUCAUUUGUAUGUGGAAUGGUAGUUCUCUAAGAUAUUGUUCCUUUGCUUCAGAAUCUCGCAGCGUCGAUGCAGAUGCGUGCCGUGUUUGUGGAGACGGGAACGCGAAAACGCACUACGGUGUCGUCACAUGCUUCGGUUGUAAAGGAUUUUUUCGAAGAACGCUCAAACGGCCGUCUGAGUACCACUGUCGUCACAAUGGUACCUGUAUUGUCGAUCGUCAUGAGCGAAAUUCAUGUCGUUAUUGCCGAUUUAAGAAAUGCAUCGAAGUUGGUAUGGAUCCCAAAGCUGUACGUCCCGAUCGUGAUGCUACUGGGCGACACUACCAGGGUCGACAAAGACGUUCUAAGCUCAACACUGACUACGAAGCAGAGCUGGACGCCGAGUGGAUUCGCAAGCUCCCUGUCGACAUGCGAACGACGCUCAUGCAAAUUAUGAACAUCGAUUUAAUGGCGGGAAGUGGUGAUGGCAAUAUAGAUGGUACGAUGUUAUAUCCGCUUAACAUCAUCUCUAUACGACAGUUAUUGGAAGAUCCAUCUGUACUUGAUGGAAAACGUACAGAAAUGCGAUAUGAUUCCUAUCGAGAGAUCGAAGCCAGUGAACUGCCAGUUGUAGCGCAUCGAAAUCUCCUUUCAGCGAUUGAUUGGGUCGAUCAUCUGUUCGAUAUUAUCGAUAUUCAGAAUCUUGACGAUAAGGUAUUCGACAGAAAGGAUAUUUAUUCGCUUACUUUAUCUGAAAAUCUUUUCACUGCUUGUAAUAAUCUUAGAAGAUUGAUAAAUAAUGCAGUAAAGUCGGCUUGUUAUACAAAUUUAUUCGUCUCUUUAAAGUAA